UGAUUUCAACUGAGUCUAGCUUAGUGACCUGGAAAGUCUGUGGGGUUGCUUCCCCCAGUACAGCUGAGAGGUUACUCACAGGAGCACUGGUGACUCAGAGGCAGCAUCAUCACUUAAAAUGCCCAAAGCCAGCUUGGGAGUCGACGCACGAAGCCUUGUUCCUAGCAUCUCCUGCAGGCAGCUCUAGAAACUGUUACUGCUUAUGAAUUUUGUGAACCAUGUAAGCUUCAGAGAUUGCCUGAGACUUGCAAGUUUCUCCUACUUUCCUAGUCUUGUCAAUUCCCUUCUCUUCCUAGAAGCCUGCCUGCUCCUUCCAGGCAAGAGUGUUUCAGUUAGGAAGAAAUGCUUCACCACAGGAACAGAAGGCAGGCUCCGUGGGAUAGAUCACCAGCACAUUCUGUUUUACCUCACUUUGUGAUCUCCUGUCAAGGCUAUAGGCCUCCUGGGAGUGACCAAGAGUCAGCAGAGUGCCAUGGGUGUCCCCUCUAGUCUGGAACUACUCACACUUCCUCAUGGCCAUCACCUGAGGUUGGAGGUGCUGGAGAGACCCUUGCAUUCCACCUCUAUAGGAUUGAGACGCUGGCGCUGGCCAAGGGCCCUGGCUGUGCUGGGUUGUUCAGGGCCCCUGGAGGAGUGCGCAUCUGCUCUGAAAGGCCUGGUGGAGUUGGCAUUGGUGCUGAGGCCAGGAGAGACAGGGGACCUGCUGGUCAUGGGCGCCCUGCUCAUGCCCCAGGUGUCCAGGUUAGAGAGCACCUGGCAUUAGCGUCAUCUGCGAAGGAGCCACACAGAGGCUGCGGUGGUCUUUGAACAGGAGCUGAAGCAGCUGAAAGCUCUGGAUGAAGGUGCAGGCCCUGCCCCUAGCCCUGACCUCGCCCCACCCCUCUCAGCCCCCAACCCUUACUCAGCAAGUCUUUUACCUAGCCCUUGUUCCCGCCAAAGCUCUGCCCUAUGCUGGCCCCCAACCCAAAUCCUACUCUUCCCACAGUACCCUGCAACCCUGGAGAGCACGUGUGGCACCAGCAGUGUGCCUGCUGGAGGGUGA